CGAGCUUUGUCUCCAGGCAGUCAGUGUUAUUCUCGACAGGCGCUGUGAACGUUUCUCAACGCGUUUCUCAUCAUCUCGGUUCAUCGGCGGGCACUAGCGCUGCAUUGGACAGCCUAAUCCCUCAGACAGAUCGCUGGGUUUGAGCUGUCACCCUGAUGUUGGAUCGAGCCGUGUUGCUCGAAAGAGAAAUCUGAGACGGAACAAUACCGACGGAGCUUGUGUAUCGUUGGCAAGUGAAUAUCAGUUUUCAUACGCCGCGCCGCGCCGCGAAGGACUCUUGUCACCGCGCCUUUCCAAGCGGCGGAGGACAACAAACCACAGUUCCUAUAGACGCUGACUGUAAACACCAGCAAUGCCGGGGUUUGACUACAAGUUCCUGGAGAAGCCCAAGAGACGCUUUCAGUGUCCUCUUUGUAGCAAAGCAAUGAGGGAACCCGUCCAAGUUUCCACAUGUGGACACCGAUUCUGCGAUACCUGUCUGCAGGAAUUUCUCAGUGAGGGGGUCUUCAAGUGCCCGGAGGACCAGCUCCCACUGGAUUACGCCAAGAUCUAUCCUGACCCUGAGCUGGAGCAGCAGAUACUGGCACUGCCCAUCCGCUGUAUUCACAGUGAAGAGGGCUGCCGCUGGACCGGCCAGAUGAAACAGCUACAGAGCCACUUCUCGACUUGCGCCUUCAAUGUGAUUCCCUGUCCCAACCGCUGCUCCGUCAAGCUGACGCGCAGAGACCUGCCCGAGCACCUGCAGCACGACUGUCCCAAACGCAAGGUCAAGUGUGAGUUCUGCGGGAGCGAGUUCACAGGAGAGGCCUACGAGAACCACCAGGGCAUCUGUCCGCAGGAGAGCGUGUACUGUGAGAACAAGUGUGGCGCAAGAAUGAUGAGGAGACUAUUAUCCCAGCACACCAUGACAGAAUGCCCCAAACGCACGCAGCCCUGCAAGUACUGUGGGAAGGAGUUCGUCUACGACACCAUCCAGAACCAUCAGUACCACUGCCCUCGCUUUCCCGUGCAGUGUCCUAAUCAGUGCGGCACCCCGAACAUCGCACGUGAGGAUCUGGCCAACCACGUGAAGGAGAGCUGUGGCAGCGCGCUGGUCCUCUGCCCCUUUAAGGAGGCCGGCUGCAAACACAGAUGCCCAAAGAUGGCAAUUGGACGACACCUGGAAGAGAGCACAAAGUCCCACCUGACCAUGAUGUGUAAUCUGGUGGGACGGCAGCGGCAGGAGAUCAUGGAGCUGCGACGUGAAAUGGAGGAGCUGUCGGUGAGCCACGACGGCGUUCUCAUCUGGAAACUCACCGACUACUCACGCAAGCUGCAGGAGGCCAAACUGCGCAACAACCACGAGUUCUUCAGCCCGCCCUUCUACACGCACCGCUACGGCUACAAGCUCCAGGUGUCGGCCUUCCUGAACGGCAACGGCAGCGGCGAAGGCUCGCACCUGUCCAUCUACAUCCGCGUACUGCCCGGCGAGUACGACAACCUGCUGGAAUGGCCCUUCUCCUACAAGGUGACCUUCUCCAUUCUGGACCAGAGCGACCCGUCGCUGUCCAAACCUCAGCAUAUCACGGAGACCUUCAACCCCGAUCCCAACUGGAAAAACUUCCAGAAACCGUGCAGCAGCCGGAACUCGCUGGACGAGAGCACGCUGGGUUUCGGCUACCCCAAGUUCAUCUCGCACGAGGAGAUCAAGAAGAGGAACUACAUCCGUGACAACUCCAUCUUCCUCAAAGCUUCCAUAGAGAUCCCGCAAAAAAUCAUGGCCUGAGGCUGUUCGAGUGACGAUCUGUCUUGACGUACGACCCUGUUUCCUGUCAGAAACUCUACUGAAAGAGCUCGUCUGUCCGGUUUCUCGACUGGGACCCACGUAGAAGUGUUUUCGCAAAGUCAUCACUUUUUGGAUUUGCUUUCUAACACUCUCUUCCUCAAACUACAGCAACGCCUUUGGACAUUCAGUAGUGCCUAGAACAUUUAAUUUAAAUGUUAUUUUUCAAGCACGAUUUAUGUUUUUUCUCUCACAGAUGUCAAGUAAACAAUCGAAGCGGACUGUGAAAGGCUAAUCGGAAGCUUUGCACUUUGAGACUUUGGUUCUUUGAAGAUUGCUGAUUUUUUUUUACUCGCUUUCGCCCGGCAUCGGUCCUCACGAAAGAAAACUCAACAGAACUUGAACUCGUUUUAUGUAAACUAACAACAACAACGGCUGUGAACUAAAUGUAGCUUAACUCGCUCUAGCGGUUUUCAGACUUGUUCGGUGCAUUGUAGUACUUGUUUUUUAACAUUAGGACCGAUUCCCGAGGUGCUAAAGCUUUUUUGUUACUGUACGAUGGAAACGACGAAUUUUUCGGAUCGAAAGCCAUGCGAGAGGUUGUUUACAUUCAAUCUGUGAGGAUCUACGAUGCGGACCAGUUUGUUUUUGUUGUUUUUUUUUGUACUGUAACCUGUAUUCUUAACCAGCGUGUGAGGGCUUGUUGCGUUGCGGCGGAUGGACGAGCGAAAGGAACCAAAUUUUUUUAAUAUGUGAAAAAAACAUAAAUGUGAGCAACCUGUUUGUGUCAUAAACGGAGGGUGAUUUCGAAUGUGAACUCUGGACUCACAUGCUGAGUUGAUUCUUUCUGUUCUUUGUCUUACUCUGGCAGAUGAUGAAUAGAAAGGUGCGGGCACUCGCGACGGCCGCCCGUAAGCGCGUCGAGUGCGAGGGCGUCCUAUUCGAGCGGCGCCGGUAGCCAUGGUUACCCGUGCCUGUUAGAGCAGCAUGUGAACGAGAAGAGAGUUCUUCCAUGUGCCUGAGGAAGAUGAGCCUUGUGCAAUAUGGCUGCCAUUGCUCCAUACAGACCAGUGGAGGACUUUGUUGAUACUUACUAUAUAUUAUAUGUGAAUACUAAUAAGAAAAAAAUGCAAAAGCACAUUCUUCUUCACAUUUAAUCUCGCUACGAUACCAGCUAAUAUUUUGCAAUGAUUUUAAGAAAACCUGGAAAAGUGAAAAAAAAGACAUUUUUUGCUAAGAUUCUGUAUUUUACAAGGUACUUCAGACGUUUUCUACAACACUUUUUGGCGAUGAGUUUCGGGGCUGUACGUUGACGUUUUAU